UAUAUAAAGGCAAAUGCACCGUGGAUUCUUGGUAUCGCGUGUCGAUCGCUGUUUAAGGACGAAAGGGUCAGGAAUCGUUCGCACGAAGAGUCCUCGCAAUGAAGACGAUCAUCAUCUUCGUGACAGCGAUAGUAGGAGCUCUCGCAGCACCUCAAGGCAAUCCAAAUGAUAUUACAAUUGUAAAGCAGGAAGAAUCGAACAAUAUCGGAGUGGGCGGAUAUCAUUUCAGUUACGAGCAAAGCGACGGCCAAAAAAGAGAAGAAACCGCAGAAUUAAAGAACGAGGGUACCGACGACGAAUCCCUCGAUGUUACCGGUAGUUUCUCUUUCACGUCGCCAGAUGGUCACACUUACAGGGUUGAUUAUACCGCUGACAAAGACGGAUUCCAUCCCACAAUCAAUCUUGUUUCGAAAUAAAGAAGUUUGAGAACUGAAGUCCUGCGCUACCAACGUUACCUAGCAUUUUUUGGACCUUCGACAGACACCAUUAUAAAUAAAUGUGAGAAUACUCUGUAUAAGUAGAUACUUGAACUUGUGGCGCGCGGUUCACCAAUUGAUAAGAAUGUUUCAAAAUAAUUAUUUCUUUCUUUCUAUCUUUAUCUAUUUAAAAUCUACGAUAUAAGAUGGAAACACUUCGAAAAAAGAGAUGUUUGCUCAAUCUUGUAAAAACAUGAAAUAUUUCAAAACAACGCAGAUAACUUACAAUAGUAGCAUUUUCAGACUGCUAUAAAUAUUGAAAGGUAAUAAGACCUGUAAUGAACGAGAUAUAUGUUUUCUUUAAAGAACCUUUUAAAUAUAUAUUUUAAAUAAAUGAGAUUACUUAAAUAUAA